UCCGUGCAGGAUGCGGUUCCUGGUUGCGUUGGUCCUGCUGAGCCUCGCGGCGGCGGACCCGACCCGCAUGCCGCUACCAACCACCGAAAGUACGUCCCUCCGGACUGUAAGUCAACGUCCUACAGGAAGCGACUCCAUCCAGCCCAUCUCGAGCCAGGUGCCUACCAAGGAACAUCUUUCUGAUCCACCCGUUCGGAACUCGUCUUCCACGAAAGCUGUCUCUAACAGCUCAGUUGUGGAGCAGCCGUCUCCCCAAGAAAGCUCCAGCAGGCCAAGUUUGGACUCACUUCCCACGAAAGGCAACUCCAACAAGCCCAUCUCCUUCCCCUCCUCUGAUAACAAGGAUUCCCCCAACUCUAACAUAAACCAGGUAGCUGAUGAAGGAGAGAUUUCUCCGAAUGCUUCCAGAACUGAAUCUGGGGAGAGAGUGUCAAUGGACCCUGACCUCACUACUUCCAAGCCGGAGGAAGAUAAGUCUUCAGAGCCUGCUGAUGAUGUGGAGCCCAAAGAUGCUGAAGAAGGUGAUACAGAGCCUGUAGAGGGCUCACCACCCAAAGAAGAGAAAGAAAAGAUGUCUGGCCCUGCCUCCAGUGAGAACCGCGAAGGGAUACUUUUGGAUCCCAUGAAUAGCGAGAAGGAUGACCUGUAUAGGGACACUGUUGGAAAUGCCAGUGCAGAGAGCAGCCACUUCUUUGCAUAUCUGGUGACUGCAGCCAUUUUUGUUGCUGUCCUCUAUAUUGCUUAUCACAACAAGCGGAAGAUUAUUGCUUUUGUCCUGGAAGGAAAAAAAUCCAAAGUCACUCGACGGCCAAAGGCCAGUGACUACCAGCGUCUGGACCAGAAGGUAAGGAAAAAGGAGCCAGAUCCGUGGGGGGGAUAUGCAACCUCAGGGACAGCCUUGGCACUGUCUUCCUAUCUGCGUAGCAUAGUGACAUUCCUUAGAACUUCAGGAGAUCAGUUGCUUCUGGUAGAGGAGAUGUUUUCUUUCUUCAUGCCACCUGGAUGUGACUUGAUGAGGGGUCCCCUGGCUCUUCCUGGCUGCUGCAUGCUGUGACCUAAUACAUGUUGGGUUUUGCUCUUAAAGAGGAGAGCAGGAAGACAGGUUGGUAUCAGAAACGAAGAGGGUGGGAGCCAGUGGACAUGUACGUGUUGUCAUGGAGUCCCCAGAGCUCAGCUUGAGCCUCUGAGAAGUAGUGUUUGUUGUGUCAAAAGAGUACAAUAGAAUUUAAGUUUCCCUUUAGAAAUUGCACUGAUGGAAAUAUUGCACACCGAAGGAAAACUUAUUUUCUGGAUGGCUUUUUUUAGAGAGAGAAUAUUUGAAGCAUAUUUUCCUAGAGAUCAUGUGGAUGAGGGCGAGCUGGCUGGAAGCACCUCUCAAGCUAGGGCUGGGGGGUGGCGGGUAGGAAGCACUUGGGGCCACAGGAAGCACCCCAUACAGCCAGCUAUGCCCUUCCCUUCCUGCGCCCAGUUUUUGGGUGAAGGGUGGUUUCUGUUAGGAGGAAUCUAUGCUUCAGUCAUGGAUGCUAAUAGAGAAAGUUGUUUUACUGCUGAAGGUUACUGAGUAGAAGCACUGAAAGAGUCCAUUUCUGGACUCCAGGGGAGUUGAAGGCCAGUCUAUCUAGGAAGGCCAAGAUAACUCAGAAAGACCUGACAACUAGCUGUGUGGAUUCAGACAGUUUUUUCCCACAAUGGUUCUCAAUGACACAUUUGGUAACAGAAUACUAAAGCUCUAGCAUUCCCUUCUGGCGAUGCUGGUUGUCUUCCCUGGUCCUUGUUUGUACAGGGUAACCUGAGAGCUAUAGUGCUGGGCGUGUGUCUGAACCACCUGCGCAUGAAGGAGAAUGUGUGAGGCACCAGGCCCUGUGCUUCUGCCCAGCUGUUUUCUGCAAACCCUUGGUAGGAAGGUUGGGUUUGUCAUGCCUUGCUCAACUGAGUGACAGAGAAAUUUUCAGGUUUAAUUUAACUGUGUGUACAUCCAGAGUGAAGAGUGCCUGCCAACUCAGCUGGUUCCACAAAUCAGAUGUGAAUUUCCUAAAUUUCCUGUGUAAAGGGUUUGGGACUGAGCUGUAUAGUAUUUCAAGCUGCCAAUAAGCCAGCCCCUGACACACUCAUAGAUACUCCUUUAAUUCAUAUGACACUGUGUUCAAUAAAUGACUGUCAAAAUUGUUUUUCUUCUUUGUUGUUUGCCCAAUUCAAAGAUGGCCACCGUUUUGCAAUGUUUUACAUUUUCAGCUGUUUGUAACUUAACUAUAAUUACUUAAUUUUUUGUUUUUUAAGCUCCUUGUGGUCUAAUGAUAAGUGUGUUUCAGUACAUGUUUUACUGAGCUUCUGUAAAUGCCAUUGCAAUGCAGUUUUGUGUCAUUGAACAAAAACCAAAUUAAAUUGCAGAUGUUAAGGCAAUGAAAUCAUCCAAUUUAUUAAUGUUCUAUGACCAUGGACUAAAAUAAGACCCUGGUGCUCAGUUUAACACAAGUGAAAGGUGAUUUCCGUGAACCUUGAGUCUUCAUUCACUAUAUCAUUCAGCCCUCACAGAUGUACCAGUAAACUAACUGCAAAUGCCAUUUCUGGGCUUUGUACGCAUUUUGUGGCUUUCCAUGUUCUGACCCAGACCGACUUCCCAUCCCCACGCCCCUCUCCCAUGCCCAGCAGCGUGUGUUGUAUUCAGGAGGUAGGUGGGCAGUUGUUGGGGUACACUCUUGUUGCCUCCCUGCGCUGUCCUCAGCUGUGCCCUUGCCUGGAAUGCCCCAUCAGCCUGCUUCAGAAACCCAGCGACGUCAUCUUCUUGCUGGUCUGUGCCCUGAGUCCUGACAUCACUGUUCCAUUAUCCUCUUAGAGGCCAGGCCCAUGUGCUGAGCUCCCUGAGGGUGUCUUGGCACUGGCAUGUUGAGAACAGAUGCCACCCCACUUGUAAGGAAGGCAGACCAAAUUGGCUAUGCUCUCCUAAUAAGCGCCUUACUAAUUAAUGGGUCUAGUAGUUACCCCCACCUCUAGGAUCACACUAACCCUGCCGGGGGUAUUUCCUGUCCUCUCAACAGCCACUGGAGCCAGCACAGAUGGCACCUGGAGCCCUUUGAACCUGUGGAAGUGUAACCACACCCAUGCCCAGGUUUUGACUAAAUCCUCAUUGCUCACCCUCUUCCCUCAACAGUGUAGACUUCUGCAGCGCAGCUCUAAGUAUGACAGAAGAAGCCUCAGGGCAGAACUGGACCCACCUGCUUGGGCUGACAAGUAGUGUAAGGGCUCCAUCCCCCUGACCAAUGGAAUAUUUGAUUUCAUUGUGGAGAGUCGGGAGAUACGGGUAAGGGGUGCAGAGCAAGCCAAGGCCAGCCAAAUCAGUAGCCCACGCUGGGCCUUUUAGUAGUGACGGCAUGCCACCAAAGGUG